UAUUGAUUUCAGUUGUUUGUCAUGAUGUCCAGGCUGGGAACUAAAACAUACAGCCGCAAGCAAGAAUGCAAAACCAGCAUUCAGUUUGACCAAAUGUUGUCAGACAAAAGCAACAAACCAACUACUACUAAAGUAGCAAUGACUACCGUUCAUAGGUCAAGAUGGGGUAUGACUUCUUUUACUUCUUUAAGAAAGACUCAUCUUAAUGGACAAAAAGAUUUGUCAGAAAACAGUGAAAGCAGUGCAACUCCUUCAAUAGCACCAAAGCGAAUUAAAGUGGAUCCAAAAUCUAUUUCUAGUUUUGGAGAGGACCCUUUUAGUUUUGACAUUGAUGCAGAGUCUUCAUCUGCAAAAUUAUCUCAACAAUCAUCCAAUCUGCUCAUUACAAAAGGAACUAAAGGACAAAGUGUUUUUACUAUACCAAAACCAAAUAAAUUUUUUAAGAGUGGUGCUUCACGAAUAUCAGUUACAGGUAGUAAUUCACAAAAAAAAGUUAACAAUGACUUAAAAUUUUCUGUAGAAGUUUUGGGAUCAAAUAAAAUUAACAAUGUAAGUAAAUUAUCAAUGGACCAAUAUUCAUGUAAACUUGUGUCAAAACUGUCAGAAAAUAGUGGCUCAAAAAUUCAAAACUGUGGUUUAGUGAACAAAAAUAACCUACCUUCAAAUAUCCCAUCACAUACUAGAUUAUCUGAAGUCACUACUUUAUGUGCUUCCAACAUUGUCUCACAUAGUCCCAUCAAAAAUAUAGCUGAUAUAUCUGUAACAAAUUCCAGUGAUAAUGUGCCGUUACUUCAAAGAAGUACAUCCAAAAUACUUGAUAUUAGUUCACAGACAUAUUCAUCAUCUAAUAACAAUAAUAAUAAUGAAAAUAACAGCAACAGCUACAGUAGAAAAUCUGAAGAUAACUCAGAAAAUUUAACAAAAUCAAUAAAUUGUGAAGCUGAUGAUAGGUUUGAAAGUGUUUUUAGGUCUGUUGUAACGAAAACAUAUGGUGGAAAGAAAAAUUUUGAACAUUUACAAAAAGGAAACAAAAUAGUAAAUUUGCCAGUCAUAAAAGAUCUUCAUCAACUUCCAUUGCCAUCAGUAAGAGACAAUCCAUCAGAUUCAAAAACUUCUAAUCAGGAUAGUUUAUGGGAAGAAGAAAGCAAUUCAGAACCAUUAACAAUCUCAGAAAGUUCAGACAAUGAACAAAUUGACAAUUUUGAUAAAAAUAGUGCUUUAUCUUCAAAAUCACUACAUUUGGAAAUGGAAACAAACACUAAAAUUUCCAGUUUAAAAGGAAAUCAGUCUCUAAGUCGUAAAAGAAUAUUCAAUAGUCCUAAAAAGGUAAGUUUUUUUUCAAUUUCCCAUUUGUUAUUUUUAUACAUUGAAAAAAUUUGUUUUUAAUUUUAUAAUAAUAAUUAUAUUUUAUUAAUUUUUCUUCAUGAAUAAAAUAUAACAUAACAUAACAUUAAUUCUUAUUCUAGAUAAGAUAUUGAAAGAUAUUUAAUACAGGUAUCUGUCAUAUAACAUAGUAGUUACGUUCCAAAAAAGUGUUGUGUUAAGCUAAUCCAUGCUAUACAAAACA